CUAUAAAUAUGACUUCCAUCAUCUCCCUCAAGAGCACAGGAGAAAAUGGCUUCGGUGAAGAGCUCGGUGGCGGCGGCGGCGGCCAUGGUGAUGGUUGUCCUAGUUUCAUACGUUGCUGCGGUGCCUGGAAUUGCAACCUUCUACACUCCUCCUUAUAUUCCCUCGUCGUGCUUUGGAAACGAAGAUAGAGGCGUGCUAAUAGCGGCAGCAGGCGAUUCUAUAUGGGAUAACCGCGGGGCUUGCGGGAGGAGUUACACGGUGAGCUGCACCGGUGGAACCAAUGAUGUUCCAAACCCUUGCAGGGGUGGCAGCGUCACUGUCACUAUCGUUGACUAUUGCCCGGGAUGCGCAAGUAGAGGUGUCACCAUGGACCUCUCUCAGGAAGCUUUUGCGAUGAUUGCUAAUCCUGAUGCCGGAAGGAUCCAAAUUGAUUAUAACUAGGCUUAAAAACAUCUGAAAAGAUUAAAGCUAAUAAAUAAGGAAGCAUGAAGACUUCAAACUCUAAUAAAUAUCUGUAAUAUUUAUAUCAAGAAUGCAUUACAUUUGUUCUUGAAGGUUCAUCAAUAAAAUAUUAUGUUGGUGCAUUAGAAAUAAAUAAA